AUGUACCGCUUCCUACCAGCCCGCCUGUGGAGGCUCCUGAGCUUCGUGGUGGCUCUGCCCGGCGUUGGCGUUUGCAUGCUCAACUGCUACUUGAAAGCGCAGCAAGAGCACGAGAGACCCGAGUUUGUUCCUUACGCUCACCUCCGGAUCAGGACCAAGCCUUUCCCUUGGGGUGAUGGGAACAAAACUCUAUUCCACAACCCCCACGUUAAUGCUCUCCCAACCGGUUAUGAAGAUGAAAACUGA